AUGAGUUCGGUCGAAUCUACUUCAUAUGUCAAUUUAAUAGCGACUCCACCGAUAACUUCAAAUGAGAUUACUGAAUCUCCAGCAUUACCACCCUUAAAUUCACAAUCACCUUCAAACUUAGACCUUAUACCCCCACCGUCAUCAAAUUCAUCUGCAUCUACGACCACUCCCUCAUCAACUACAAAUUCGAAUUCAAAUUCAACUACCAAUUCAAAUUCAAAUUCAACUACAAAUUCAAAUUCAAAUUCAAACAUAUCAGAGGAUUUAAAUUUAAAUAUAACUCCAGACUUAGCAUCACAAGAUAACUCUACAAGUUCAUAUUCAUUAUCUACUGAAGAUGAAACAACUGCACAAAAUGAUCCUUUUCAUGGACUAAGUUUUCAAGUUGGUGUUGCUGAAAAUAAAAAUUCAAUGUAUAGAAAUAAAAUGGAAGAUGUUCAUACUUAUAUUGCAAAUUUUACUGAAAGAGUAGAUUGGGGUUAUUUUGGUAUAUUUGAUGGUCAUGCUGGUAAAGAUUCAGCAAGAUGGUGUGGAAAUAAUUUACAUUUAUUAUUGGAACAGGAAAUUGACUUAAACGAAAGUGAUAAUCCAGAUUUACCUCCUGAAAAUCCGAUUACAAAUUCAAAAGAUAUGAAGAAAGAUUUAUAUAAAAGUUUUAUAAAAGCUGAUGAAAUGAUCGAAAAAUCGGGUCAAGGUUCAAGUGGAUGUACUGCUUGUGUAGCAGUAUUAAGAUGGGAAAUUGAUGAAAAUGAAAAUACCCAAAGUACUCCAGCUUCAAAUAGUUCAUCACCUAUAACUCCUCCAAGAAACUAUUCUUCAAAUACAAAAUUCGAUUAUAUACCGCAAAAUAAUCAUAAAAGAAUGCUAUAUACGUCGAAUGUAGGAGAUUCAAGAAUUAUAUUAUUUAGAGAAGGUAAAUCUUAUAGACUAAGUUACGAUCAUAAAGCUUCAGAUACCAACGAAAUUAAUAGAAUUGAAAAUCAAGGAGGUUUAAUAUUAAAAAAUAGAGUUAAUGGUGUAUUAGCAGUUACUAGAUCAUUGGGAGAUACAUAUAUGAAAGAUUUAGUUAUAGGUAAACCAUUUACAACAUCAACUGAAAUUAGAAAAGAUGAUGAAUUUAUAAUUUUAGCUUGUGAUGGUGUUUGGGAUGUUAUAAGUGAUCAAAAAGCUGGAAAAUUUGUAAGUGAUUUAUUCAGAAAAGGAGCUACUCCAAAAGAAGCAUCACAAAAAUUAUGUCAAUUGGCUCUAGAUAAUUCAACAACUGAUAAUAUAACAGUGAUGGUUGUGAAAUUUGAUAAUGAAAUAUUUUCAUGA